CUCUCUCUGCCGGGAUCCCCAAGGCCAAAGGCGGCGAGGAGGGAAUGGAGCCCCCCGAAUACAUCCACGGCAUCCCCGCCUGGGUCCUGGAGGACUUCUGCCAGAAGAUGGACUGCCUCCACGACUACGACUGGAUGCGCUUUGCAUCCCACGUGAUAACUGACCAGACUGAACUGCGGAAAAUCAAAUGCAUGGAAAAGGCAGGGAUCAGCCGGACAAGAGAGCUGAUGUGGUGGUGGGGAGUGAGGCUUGCAACUGUCCAGGAGCUGCUGGACCUUCUGCAAAAUCUGCAGCUUUACCGGGCAGCCCAAGUGAUCGCUAACUGGAAGUCAAUCCCACUUGCCCAUGAUUCUGUGAAGCCCCCUCAACAAGAGAAGCCAUCACCAUACCCAAACGGCAACAAACAUAAAGGGCUACCAAAUGAGCCUGAAAGACAAGCAUCACUAUAUCCAGAUCCUGUUUUAAAAGCAGACGGAAACCUUCAUCCUUUAUCUCCACCACCAGCUUCCAUGGACCUUCCUCGUUCAUUGCAUUCGAUUCCACCAGAUUUAUCAAAUAGAAAGUUCUGCAGUGUUACUGUUCCUCAGGAGGAAAUCACUCCUCAUCUUCCUAAGAGCGAAAGCUUGCUGUGGAGCCCAAGUGAAGUGGAAAUUGCUACCAAUGGCUUCAGUAAGGAAAACCAAAUUAGCGAAGGCAUUUUUGCUGUCACCUACAAAGGUUGGAGGGACAAUGCACUAUAUGUGGUGAAAAGGCUAAAAGAGGCAAGUCAGACAGAAAGAUUUUUUCGCAUAGAAGUUCAGAUCUGCUUUCGGUGUCAACACCCUAAUAUACUACAGCUGUUAGGAUUCUCUGUAGAAAGUGCUUUUUCCUGCCUGAUAUAUCCUUACAUGCCAAAUGGAUCACUGAUGGAUAGACUACAGUGUCAGGGAGGUUCUGUAUCAUUAGCAUGGGAGCAACGCAUCAACAUAUCUUUAGGACUUAUUCAAGCCAUUCAACAUUUACAUAGGCUUGGAAUUCUUCAUGGGAAUGUGAAAAGUUCCAAUGUUUUGCUGGAUGCAGAUUUCGUACCUCGGCUUGGGCAUUCUGGUCUCCGGCUGCAUCCUAUAGAGAAAAAGACUGAUCAAGCUAUGAUGAAAACCAAAGUCUUGCAAGUUUCACUUGCUUAUUUCCCAGAAGAUUUUGUCAGGCAUGGGCAGCUAACAGAAAAAGUGGAUAUAUUUGGUUGUGGAAUAGUUUUAGCAGAAAUACUCACUGGCAUGAAGGCAAUGGAUGAAGAAAGGUAUCCUAUUUUUCUAAAAGAUGCCCUCCUUGAAGAAAUCCAUGCGGCAAAAAAACUGUCCUCUUCCAAAGAAAGAACCUUUGAACAAAUUGCUGCAGUGGAAAUAUGUCACAAAUAUCAAGACAAGCAAGCAGCUGGUUUGCCAGAAACAGCCGGUGUACAUUUGGCUAUGGCUGCCUGUGUUUGCCUAAGGAAAAAGCAAGCUGACCUGGCAGAGGUGAAGGAAAUUGUGGAAAUGGCACAUCGUCAAAUGCAGCAUCAAAAGAUGGCACAGGGAAGCAGAUGCUUUGGACACUCCAUCAAUAUCCCAGAAGAAACUAAUGAUGAGCCAGCAAGUCCAUUCGUGGAUGGUUUCCCAGUCAAUUCUAAUUACAGGCGUAAUGUGAAUUCAGUCCCCCUGAAUUGCAAAGAUUUGUUACCCCCUUUGACAAGAGCUGCAGUUCCUGAAACAUAUUCCUGGCAGAUGCUGUGUGAUCCUUGUGAGUCAGAUGAAUCAAGUAACUUUUUUGGGAGUCCAAUGGAGGAUGCUGACUGCCAGCUACAAAGCAGCGGCCAUCAACAUUUGGAAAACACUUCCUUGGCUAAGCCUCUGCCAAGUGAUCUAGAAUGCAAUAAUAACUGCACAGCAGAAAAUAUAAACUUUGGUCGAAGCAUGAAGCCACAGGAAGAAGCUGUUCCUUCAAGCAUUGCUGCUGGCUGCUCCUCACAAGCAGAAGCAAAAGAAAUAAGGAUCAACAGUGCAAAGAAGAAACUGGUGGAACAAAUUUUAUUGUAUGAAGAAAAUAAGAUAAACAGUUACGAACUCUUUGACUCUUCAGUCUAGUGAUGUCAUCUUCAAUUGGAUUUUACCCUAACCCUGAGAAUGAAGCUGUUAGCAGCUACAACUAAAACAAAAUAGGCAGUACUGGAUUCAUAUGCAUGAAAAAUACCAUAAUGUUAUACAAGGUGGGAGAAUUCUCUUGUUGUGAGAAGAACCAAGAGUAUGCCUUUCACUACUUUAUAAGUGUGGCUGAAAUAUCUUUUAGUGGACAACCCCUCUCCCUGAAACUAAAGGGAAAUGCAGGAUGGAUAAGAAAAUAUCAAUUCUAGAAGUGUUGAAAGCAGAUAAGUAUGGAAAAUUGACACUGGUUAGCUGAAGGUCAAGGGAGGACUUAUGGGAAGAAGAAGAGGUGAAGAAACAUCCCUAAAAGCAUCAGUUUAAAUCACAGAGGUGUCAGGAUACAUAGACAUAGAUGAAGGACACUCUCAAGUUGCUUAGACUGUUUACUACUGCCCACUGUGAGGCAUUCUUCACUCUUUGUUGCUAAGCGUUGUUGUAUUCCCAACAGUUUUGAAACAUGUCCCUUAUAUACUCAUAGUUUUCAAUGUUUACACUUUUGUGACCC